AUGAAGUCCAAGAUUUCAUUGAUUCUUUUGGCAACAAUCAAAUUUGGAUCAAUUGCACAGAACACCCUGCUCUAUCCUUAUGGUCCCAAGUAUCAGGACAGAAGCACCCCAAAGGCAGAUGAUGGAGCAUCUCCCGAGAUCUCCAUCUCUGAAUACUUCUACUUUUAUGGGCGGAAAUAUCAUUCCCUUUAUGUGAACAACAAUGGGGUGGUGUCCUUUGGCAACCCCGUCAGCCAAUUCACCCCGGAUCCUUUUCCUCUGAUGGAUGGCCGAGCCUUUGUGGCUCCUUUUUGGGCUGAUGUUGAUAAUCGCAUCACAGGGGAGGUCUACUACAGGCAGAGUCAAGACCAGGGGCUGCUGCAGAGAGUCACAGCUGAUAUCCAUGCUUACUUUCCACAUGAAACGUUCAUAGCUACCUGGGCCUUUGUGGCCACUUGGGACCAAGUUGCUUUCUAUGGAUCAUUGUCCUCCAAGGUAAACACAUUCCAGGCUGUUUUAACUUCUGAUGGCAAAGUGUCUUUUGUGAUGCUGAAUUACCAGGAUAUCCAGUGGAUAUCAGGGCAAGCAAGUGGUGGAGAUGCCCACACUGGCUUAGAGGGCACACCUGCCCAGGCUGGAUUUAAUAAUGGUGAUGCUGACAAUUAUUUCAAUAUUCCUGGUUCUUGGACUCCAAGCAUGAUUAACAUCAGCUCAACAAGCAAUGUCAUGGAUCCUGGGCGCUGGGUAUUUGAGGUGGAUGUUUUUGCAGUCCCCAAUGGCUGUGUUUACAAAGCUAACUUCUUGCCUCUUAAUGCCAUCUUCUGGAGUGAAUCAACCUGUGAGAAGAAGUGCCAGUGCAUGCUUGACACUCACACAGUGAUAUGCCAGGCCAACGGCUGCUCUGCAGAUGAGGUAUGUGCACCCUUGCACAACCAAAGCCUGAAGUACUACCAGCUGGAAGGCAAGGUGCAAGGAACAGCCCCAGAUGCACCACACAUAGAAUAUUUGCACAUGGUAGUCUAUGGGCAGGACAUUGUUUUAAUGACCAAUUCUACUGGGCAUGUCAUGAUUGGUGGGAUAAAAACCCUUCUUCCUGUGAUCCUACUUGGUGGCAAGAUCCGAGUGCGUAAGAGUGGCUUCUCUGUGAAGAUAGAUACUGACUUUGGAGUGUCCGUUUCUUACACUGGGAACCAACAUGUGGAGAUUGGUGUUUCUGCCAGAUAUCAAAACGCUACUUGUGGUCUCUGUGGAACUUUGAAUGAAAAUCCAUCCGAUGACUUCUCAACUCCCAAUGGAUCCAUUGUGGCGUCAGUGGCUCUGUUUGCUAGAAGCUGGCAGGCCAAAAAUGUUGAGGACCACUGUGGGGACAUCCAACAGCCAUCAACUUGCCCCUUGACUAAAUUGGCCAAUUACUCCAGUUCAGAAUACUGUGGCAUUUUAGAAAAAUCCCCAGGUCCUUUUGCUAGCUGUGCACAAAUCUUGCCCGUCUCUAGCUUUAUGGAAGUGUGUCUUGAUGAUGUUUGCACAUCUGGAGGCAACCGGACUGUGCUGUGCAAUCUCCUCCAUAUUUACGCUGAACGUUGUCAGGCAGCCAACAUCACAGUUGGGCAGUGGAGAGGGGAGACACAAUGUGGUGAGUAA